AUGAUCCACAAGACUCAGGUAGCUACUGAAUCCACACAUUUAAUACCCAGAGAUGAAGAGAUUCAUCAUGACUCAGAUCAACAACAUCAACACACUCAACAUACUCAACCUCAUUUAGGUGUUUUCGCUUGCAUGUCUCUUAUCAUAAAUAAAAUGAUUGGUACAGGGAUAUUCAGUACACCAAGUUUAAUCUUUUCAUUAUCAGGAAAUAUAGGAACUUCAUUAAUACUAUGGGGAAUUGGUGGUAUUAUAACAUUCUGUGGAUUAAGUGUUUAUUUAGAAUUUGGUUUAGAAUUACCAAAAUCUGGUGGUGAAAAAAAUUAUUUACAAAGAGUAUUCACAAGACCUGAAAAAUUGAUUGAAUGUAUUUAUGCUUUUCAAAUUGUGCUAUUAGGUUUUAGUUCUGGUAAUUCAUAUGCUUUUGGGAAAUAUAUUUUAUUCGCCUUGGGGUUUGAUGAACAUAUAAAUGAUUGGAUUCCAAGAAUCAUUGGUAUUGGAGUUAUCACAUUUGCUAUUUAUCUACAUAUAUAUCAUCCAAAUUCAAGUACCAAAGUUUUCACAUUCUUAGGAUUUACCAAAAUCUUAAUUUUGAUGAUUAUUAUAUUCCUUGGUGGAUUGACUUAUUUGAAUUUAAUUGAAAUACCUCAAAAUGAUAAUUUUAACAAUAUUUGGCAAAAUUAUCCUAAUUAUUCAGGUAAUUCUUACAAUAUUUCAGUGGCUUUAUUACAAGUUAUUUAUUCAUUCAAAGGCUGGGAAAAUGCAAAUUAUGUUUUAUCAGAGAUCAAGAACCCACAUCAAACUUUGAAAGUCUCAGCUCCAUUAUCUGUCUUAAUAACAACAAUUUUAUAUUUCCUAGUUAUCUUAUCAUAUUAUUUAGUUAUACCUAAAGAAGAAUUUGCAGAUUCUGGUGUUGUUAUAGCUGGUAUUUUCUUUAACAAAAUCUUGGGAGAAUCAAUAACAUCAAGGUUAUUACCAAUUUUAAUUUCAUUAUCAAAUUUUGGUAAUGUCCUUGCUGUAUCAUUUUCACAUUCAAGAAUAAAUCAAGAAUUAUCAAAAGAAGGCUUUUUACCAUUUUCUUCAUUUUUUGCAGUCUUAAAGAAUUCAAUCUUUUUACAUUGGUUAAUAACUGUGAUUAUUUUACUUAUACCACCAAAAUAUGGUAAUAUUUAUCAAUUUGUUGUUAAUUUAUAUGCAUAUCCAGGUACUUGGGUAAAUAUCUUCGUUGCAUUAGGGUUAAUUUAUUUACAUUUUAACAAAACCAGAGAAAAAUGGGGAUUAAAUCCAAACAAAUGGCAUUCUUUUGAAUUAUUUAAUUUCAUCUUCCUUGGUUCAAAUAUCUUUUUAGCUUUAUUCCCAUUCAUACCACCACCUUUACAAUAUAGAUUAAAUAAUGAUUAUCCAUUUUAUGUUUUCCCAUUAACUGGUAUUGCAGUCUUAGGAUCUGGUGGGAUCUAUUGGUAUUUCCGUUAUAAAAGAAAAUCAUUAUAUUAG